ACAGCCAUAAUCUAAACUUGCUCAUCUUCCUCAAUUGCUCUCUCUCCUCUUCCAAUUUAAUUACUUCUUCCAACAUCUAAUUUUUUUUUUCCCUUUUCAUUAUAAUCUCUAAAUUAAUUUGUUAUUUAACAUGUAUUCUCCUCCGUCAUCAUCUCAAUCUAGAACUUCAAUUGCAAAAGGAAUUCCUUUAUGUAAACAUGGUGUUCAUGCUAAAUUACAAGUAGUCAAAAAUGGAGCAAGGGUUGGUGAGAGGUUUUACGGAUGUGCAUUUUGGCCAGCACAAGAUUGCAAAUUUUUUAAGUGGGAAAAAGAUGUAGAGUAUACAAGUGAAAUUUCUUCUUGUUUGGAAGAAGAGAAAGCUAUGUUGAUUGGCAAAAUAAGGAAAUUGAAGGCUAAGAAUGCGAAGUUGAAAGAAAGCGAAGCUAUGUUGAAAUUGAAAGUUGUUGAAUAUGUAAACGCACAUAAAGCGUUAAGUUUUGUACUUGUUGCAUCAUGUGUUUUAUUUGUAUUGUUCUUAUUUAUGUCAAGCUAA